AUGACGGCCCCUUCAGAUGUGCGGUUCAAACAGCGUGCUGUUAUUGAAUUUCUCGUUGCAGAAAAUGUGAAGCCAUUCGAUAUUCAUAGACGCCUGCUUGCGGUUUAUGGAAAUCAAACUCUCGAUGUAAGUUCUGUUCGUCGUUGGGCAUUACGGGUUAAAGGUUCUGAAGUCGGAAAAGCAAUUAUUGCCGAUCAGGAUCGAAGUGGGCGGCCGGUGACGGUUACUGACGAGGCCCAUAAACAAAAAGUCGAUGAUUUGGUCAAGGGAAAUCGGAGGAUUAAACAAUCAGAAAUAGCAAUAGCGUUGGGAAUAUCUAAAGAACGUGUCCAACACAUUCUCUGCGAACUUGAAUAUCGAAAAAUAUGCGCAAGGUGGGUGCCCAAAAUGCUGACGGAAGAAAUGAAACAAAAUCGCGUAGAAAUUUGCCGCCAACUUCUUUUGCGUUUUGACCGUGAAAGAGAAAAUUUUUUAAAUAUUAUUGUUACCGGAGAUGAAUCUUGGGUACAUCACUAUGACCCUGAAAAUAAAAGACAGUCAAUGGAAUUUCGUCAUAAGACUUCACCAGCCCCAAAGAAGUUUAAAGUUCAAGCGUCAGCUGGGAAAGUCAUGUUGACUGUGUUUUGGGAUUCAAAAGGUUUGAUCCACACUGAAUACUUAGAGAAAGGAUCAACAAUAAAUUCUAUACGAUACAUAGAGACACUAAAAAGGCUGAAAAAAAGGAUUAAGCGUGUCAGACCAAAUUUAACCCAACUUUUGCUUCAUCACGACAACGCGAGACCUCAUUGCAGCCGUGCCACAAUGACAGCAAUUGAAUCACUGGGAUUUCAAGUCAUUCCACACCCACCCUACAGCCCGGAUUUGGCACCAUGUGAUUUUUUUCUGUUUCCUAAGCUUAAAGAACAUCUCAAGGGUACAAAAUUCAAUUCUGACGAGAAAGUUAAAGCUGAAGUUAAACGAUGGUUCAAUGCUCAACCCGAAGAAUUUUAUUUGAAUGGCAUUUCUAAAUUAGUAAAUCGUUGGCAAAAAUGUAUCGCCUUAGAAGGUAGUUAUGUUGAAAAAUAA